AUCACCAUCUCACCAGCUUACACUCUUCCCUGUCCUUCCGGAGCAGGACGGGUUAGGGCUCAUGUUUCAGCUACUUCUUUAAACUAAUCAAUGGCGUCCUGAAGGAAACAACCUGCUCCUUACGCUUUUGCCCCCGUCUCCUCAUCAUAUCAUAGCCACCGCUGCUUUCUCGCCUGUUGUUGGCCUCCGAAAGUGAUAUGGGAUGGUUAGCAGUGGUGCCAUCGAGUUCAGUUAUUUAUUGCGCACUUCCUUUUUCUUGAUGCUUUUCUAUGGGACUUACCGAUCGCUGUCUCAAGUGUCAUCUCCCACCCCUGCCCUUGUUUUCUUCCGUGGCUCUCUGCCCAGAGAUUCAAGCGCUUAUUUCUCUGAUUUCGUAUGAACAGCUAUCGUUGGGCAGCGUUCGGCCUCUUUAGUUUCUUUUUGUAGGAGGAGGUUGACGAGCCUUCUAAGAAUCUCAAGUUCUGAACUAUGUUUACUGCUAAUGUUCAGGGUUCUAAAAUGUUGAGACAUAUGAAUACCGAGAGAUCAGUUGUUUUUGUUCUCCUUUAAAUGGAUACGCCCCGUGUCGGUCGUUAUUCAACCUAUUCUGCCAGGGAGAGGCAUUCUCGGAGUGUUUCUGGAGUCUGUGAAGAUAUAUUAAAUAUAUCACCUCGGCUUUCCUACCAUGGUCCUGCUACUCACUUUGAUAGAAGACCAGAUUAUGGGAAAUCUUUCAGCUUUCAAGAGGUGACAUUGGGUCGUAUCUCCACCACAUCUUCUGCUUCAAGUGAAACUCCACUCACAAAGUCUGCUGCAGAGUUGGUCAGAGAGAUUUCUACCCUUGAGCUGGAAGUCAUACAUUUGGAACGACAUCUGCUCUCGCUAUACCGCACAGCUUUUGAUCAAUAUCUAGUUAGCUCCCCUACUUCAGUGUGCUAUACCUCCAAACCUACUGCACAAUGCACCGCAGGAAGCAUGGGGAAUGAUGAUGAACUACAGAAAGCACAUGAAAAGAAUGAUGCUACCAAUCCAGAUGUAUUAUUUGACAAAGCAUAUUUAUCUAAAAGCUUCAAGAGAAUUGAGGAAGACCCUUUCAAUUUCAGGCAUACUGAACAAUCUCAUGUGUGUUACCCUAAUAUAGUAACAGGUAAAACCCGUUAUAUUUCUGGACAUCGCUGUCUAGCAGAUCAUCUUGGUGCAUCAAUCGCAGAUCAUGUACCUGAGAUAUGCAGUAAACUUUCCGAAGACAUUGUCAAAUGCAUUUCUGCUAUCUACUGCAAACUUGCAAGUCCACCUCAAAUUGUGGAACUAUUGGAUUCACCUACUCCAUCAAUGUCAUCUUCAAGCACAUUUUCUCCACAGGACCCUGGUGAUUAUUGGAGCCCUAAGUUGCACUGUGAAACUACAGCAAGACCCUCUCGAUAUGAAUCCUAUAAAGAUAAAAACAGUCCUUACAGUGGUAUGAUAGAAGUUCCACAGAUAUGUAUAGACAGUGAAAGAUUUAAGUAUGCCUCUAACAAGUUGAGUAUCUUCAGAUCUCUAAUUCGAUGCCUAGAGACAAUGGACCCAAGAAAGAUGGAACAUGAAGAGCAACUGGCUUUCUGGAUCAACAUUCACAAUGCAUUGGUGAUGCAUGCGUUUUUAGCAUAUGGGCUUCGCGAGAAUCACAUAAAAAGCACAUACUCAAUACUGAAGGCAGCUUACAAUGUUGGCGGACAUUCAGUAAAUGCUUAUACUAUUCAGAGUUCUAUUCUUGGAUGUCAACCCCAUCGUCCAUCUUUGCAUCUGAGCAAACUAUUCGCCACAAAGCUAUCAUCAGGGAAAGAUAAACACCCAUACGCCCUUGACAGUUUGGAGCCGCUUGUUCAUUUUGCUCUUUGUUCAGGAUCAUCCUCAGACCCUGCUCUUCGAGCCUAUACUGCCAAGAGUAUCUAUCAGGACCUGGAGGUUGCAAAAACUGAAUUCAUUCAAGCUAAUGUGUCUGUCGUAAAAGAAACCAAGAUCAUCCUGCCAAAGAUCUUGCAAUACUAUGCAAAAGAUGCAUGUCUAGAAAUUGUUGACCUUCUCAAGAUGGUCUACGACUACAUUCCAGAGGCCCAGCGGAAGUCCAUCCAGACAUGCAGCAAAAGGAGGCCCGACAAGUACGUGGAAUGGUCUCCGUACAAGUCAUCCUUCAGGUAUCUUGUGCAUACAGAUUUGGCGAAGCAAUAGGUUGGUGUUAUCUACCGACGAUAGAAGCCCAAAUAAUACGCUUGAUGUGUGAUGUAAUCCUCCAUCAUAAAAGAGGUCGUGAGCAACAUGGCUACUGUUGUGUGGAAGUACAUGGUUGGUGUAGAUGAACUGUGGGUGGCUAAGCGCUGUGUGCUUGGCAUGGACAGAGUGCUGGAGGAGGUUCCACUCCAUCGUCCUCAGGUGCCAACGAGAACAAGGCGUUGUGCGGCGCAUGCGGCGCAUCGCAUUGUGCAGUCUUUCGUUGUCUAAGCCUCUCCAUUGCUUCUUUCAAGCAAGUAAUGGAAAAUGGUCAAACAACAGUAGAAAGUGGGAUUUUAUUGACUUGUAUAUACCUGUGUCAUCUGGACUCACGACAGUAAAAUUAUCUUUACAUUUA